CAGUGCUGCUGGCUCCCAGGGAGGAGCUGCGGAAGGGUCUGGGCAAAGGAUAAAACUCCAGGUGUGCUCAGAAGCCAGUUCCCAGUGGGAGUAUUGCCCUGUCGGGGAAGAAGGGCGGGGAACAGGAGAGGCUGGCUGGUUGGGAGCAGGGCUUGGCAGGGGCUCUGGCUAGCCACGCCUCCCUUCAGUUUUGUGCAUGCUUUGAGGAGCUGCAGAGGACAGACCAAUGUGAGUGCCCCUGGAUGCUGUCUGCUGCAGGACACUUUUCCUGGAACUGUAUUUUUCAUGGCUCCAGCUGAGCAGCGUCUGUGUCUCCUGCUGUUGCUAACCUGCUGCUGCUCCUUGGCAGAGACACGGUUUUUAGACUGGCUUUGGGGGACCCAAAAAAAUCCCACGGUAACAACCCUGCCCCCCACAGAGAGCCAGACAACGGAACUGCUUACCUCUCCUGUGGCCACCACGACACAGGCUGCUGUGCCAGCGACCGCUCAGCCAGGGGACCAAGUAUGGAGCACACUCUCAGUCACGAGGCAGGCACCAGCCGUGGAGACAGCUGUCCCCGCUCUGGCAAAACCUGCCAUGCCCCAGGGCAAGGAGGAGAACAUUGCGGGGGUGGGGGCUGAGAUCCUGGACGUAGCAGAGGGCAUCAGGAGCCUAGUCCAGCUGUGGGAUGAGAGGACCACCCAGAGGACCGGGAACACAGGGGAUCCCACCAGUCUGGCUGCUCCAAACUCUGCAAUGGGACUGGCUGACCAUGGGAACAUGACUGCCAACUCGACAGGGAAUGGCCACAGCCUGCUGGGGACCGGGCAGCCAGAGGCUUCACUUCCCACGCCAGCAGGGCCUCUGCCUGCCUGGAACAGGACUCAGGCGCUCUUACAGAAGCCUGCGGCGGCUCUUCCAGAACAUUUCAGCACAGAAGUCAGUCUUUUGCAGCUGAUUGGAGAUCCCCCACCAGAGCAAAUAACCCAAGUCAAUGGCCCCGACAACACUCACGCCUAUGUCUUUGGACCAGAUGCCAACACCGGUCAAGUGGCCCGGUACCACCUGCCUAGCCCCUUUUAUAGAGACUUCUCGCUCCUUUUCCAUGUUCAGCCCACCACCAACAAGGCUGGCGUGCUCUUUGCCAUCACAGAUGCCUCGCAGACAGUCAUCUAUGUUGGAGUGAAGCUCUCUGCCAUGCAGGACAGGAAGCAACAGAUCAUCUUCUACUACACGGAGCCGGGCUCCGAGAGCUCAUAUGCAGCUGCAACAUUCUCCGUGCCUUCCCUAGCGAACGAGUGGACUCGCUUUGCCAUCAGCGUGGAGGAUGACGAGGUGAUUCUGUACCUGAACUGUGAGGAGUUUCACCGGGUUCGCUUUGAGCGCUCUCCCGAUGAGAUGGAACUGGAGGAUGGGUCUGGGCUCUUUGUGGCUCAGGCUGGAGGGGCUGAUCCAGAUAAAUACCAGGGGAUGAUUGCAGAUCUGAAAGUGACAGGUGAUCACCAGGCAGCUGAUCUCCAGUGUGAGGAGCAGGACGAGGAUACUGAUGUGGCAUCUGGAGAUUUUGGAAGUGGUGCUGAAGAAAGGCCCCACCUAUCAGGAAGGAAGCAGGGGAUCCCAGCUGUGUCGCGGCUCCCGGAACCUCCACCGGUCACUUCUCCCCCCACUGCUGGGGAGACAGUGGGGAAAGUAAGCGUGGGCUCUCAGCUGCCAACUGAUCAAAUCAAAGUGGAAGGACUGCAGCAAGUUUCUACAGAAGCCAGGGUUGGUACAAAAGGUGAAAAAGGGGCCCCGGGAGAGAAAGGCGAACAUGGCCCAAAAGGAGACUCCGGAUCCGGCAGGGUUCUAGCGACCGGCAGCACCAAAGGCGACAAGGGAGAAAAAGGAGACCUGGGCGUUAAGGGAAGUGCAGGAUUUGGGUAUCCCGGCUCUAAGGGUCAGAAAGGGGAACCAGGUGCCCAGGGAUCUCCCGGCCCCGCUGGCCCGCCUGGGCCCCCUGGCUCUACGUUGCAGCGCCUGGACGGCUCUGUGGUGGAGCAGGUCGCCGGGCCUCCAGGACCAACAGGUCCCCCAGGGCCGCCCGGGAAAGACGGCCUCCCUGGCAAGGACGGCGAGCCUGGUGAUCCUGGUGAAGAUGGGAAACCUGGUGACGUUGGGCCCCAGGGAUUCCCUGGAACUCCCGGAGAGCCUGGCCUCAAGGGGCAGAAGGGUGAGCCCGGAGUCAGUGCAAGAGGCCCCCCUGGACUGCCUGGACCACCCGGGACACCAGGUCUCUCCUCCAAACAGGACAAGCUGACGUUCAUCGACAUGGAAGGCUCUGGGUUUGGAGGCGAUCUGGAAAGCUUUCGGGGCCCCCGAGGCCCACCAGGGCCCCCUGGGCCUCCUGGGGUGCCCGGCCUGCCAGGAGAGCCAGGAAGAUUUGGGAUGAACAGGACUGAGCUGCCAGGACCCCCCGGCCUUCCCGGCCUGCCAGGCAGAGAUGGUGUCCCCGGAGCUCAAGGCCCACCAGGUCCUCCAGGAAAAAGUGGGUUGGCCGGCCAGCCUGGGCUUCAAGGAGAACGGGGGGACCCAGGAGACCUAGGCCUCCCCGGAGCUCCUGGACCCAAGGGCGGUAAGGGUGAGAUGGGGCUGGCCGGUGCCCCAGGGGAAACCGGGCUGGCAGGCCUUCCUGGACCAAUGGGACCACGAGGACCACCAGGUCCCCCAGGCCCUGCUGGACCUCCUGGGCCAGGCUACGAGGCUGGAUUUGGAGACAUGGAAGGCUCAGGGAUGCCCGUGCCUUUCUGCCGUUCCUGGAGGAGCGCGGACCCAAAGGGCCACAGGGGCCACCAGGACUCCCCGGACUCAAGGGGGACGCUGGCAGCCCUGGGCUGCCUGGCUUGCCAGGACAAAAGGGGGACCACGGUGCUCCGGGUGUGGAUGGGCGCCCAGGGCUGGAAGGUUUCCCAGGACCUCAGGGACCCAAGGGUGACAAGGAAGCCAGGGGGCGGUGAACGAGGCCAAGAUGGAGUGGGCUCCCCAGGCCCCCCUGGGCUCCCUGGACCCCCGGGGCAGGUCAUCUAUGCGUUGGGGCGAAGAGGGGCAGAGAAGGCCAUGCUGGGCUUCCCGGGCCCAAUGGGACCUAAAGGAGACCUAGGAGAUCCAGGUUUCCCAGGCACCCCAGGACCAAAGGGUGAGAAAGGAGAGCCUGGAGUGAUCAUCGGCCCAGAUGGGACGGGCCAUCUCAGCUGGCACGAAAGGAGACAAGGUCACCGCGCUGACUCGGGCUCUCGUCUGGCCUGCUUUGGAUGCUCACCCAGCUUGGGCGCCUUGGCGGUGAGCAGGGCUGGUGGGACCCAUGGGCCCGCAGGCCCGCAUGGACGACCUGGACAGAAGGGGGAAAUCGGCUUUCCUGGCAGACCGGGUCGUCCCAGCAUGAAUGGGCUGAAGGGCGAGAAAGGGGACCCCGGAGGGCUUGGCUUGCAGGGUCCUCCGGGUCCCCCGGGGCCCCCAGGCGCCCCUGGCAGUGUAGCGUCCAUCUAUGACAAUAACGCAUUUAGUGAGUCAGGCCCUCCCGGCCCUCCAGGAUUGCCUGGUUACCAGGGUGCCCCAGGACAAAAGGGUGAACGAGGCGAGACAGGUGCCCCAGGGCCCCCGGGCCAGUUCCCCUAUGGUCUCAACGAAUUUGGUUCCACCUUCCGGGGUGAAAGAGGAGAUCGGGGGGACCCUGGACUGAAAGGAGAGAAGGGGGAGCCCGGCGAGGGAGGACUGUAUGGACCAAGCGUCUCUGGACCUCCAGGUCCUCAGGGCUAUCCUGGCCUUCCGGGUCCCAAGGGGGACAGCAUUAGAGGCCUGCCUGGCCCUCCAGGGCCUCAGGGACCCCCUGGCAUUGGGUAUGAGGGGCGGCAGGGUCCCCCUGGGCCUCCGGGGCCUCCCGGGCCCCCCUCCUUUCCAGGACCCCACAGACAAACUGUCAGCAUCCCUGGCCCACCUGGGCCGCCAGGGCCACCAGGACCUCCAGGGACCAGCGGGUCGUUGACCUCUUCCGGGCUGCGGAUCUUGCCGGCAUAUCAGUCCAUGCUGAGCACGGCUCAGGAGGUGCCCGAGGGCUGGCUGAUCUUUGUACAGGACAGAGAAGAGCUGUACAUCCGGGUGCGGAGCGGCUUCCGGCGAGUCCGUCUGGAGGAACACACGUCCAUCUCCAGCCCCGGACUGGACAAUGAAGUGUAUGACAAGCCGCCAAGUGUCCACUACUCGCAUGGCGGCACUGCCUCCUCCGGCUUCCUGCACCCACGCCGAGAGCACAACCCCUCCUCCACAGCCCAGCCCUGGCGAGCGGACGACAGCAUCGCCAACCACCACCGCCUUCCUGACCACUUGCCUCACGGCGCCCAGCCCCAGCAAGAGCCACUGGACAGCUUCUCCCCAAAUCGCCGGGGGGAGAGCAUCCCCUCUGCCGUUCACAGGCACCAUGACUUCCAACCCGCCCUCCACCUGGUGGCGCUGAACGCCCCGCUGAGCGGCAGCAUGCGUGGCAUCCGUGGAGCCGACUUCCAGUGCUUCCAGCAGGCCCGGGCAGUCGGGCUGACGGGCACAUUCCGAGCCUUCCUGUCCUCCCGGCUGCAAGACCUGUACAGCAUUGUGCGCAGGGCCGACCGGAGCGGGAUGCCCAUCGUCAACCUCCGGGAUGAAGUGCUGUUUAACAACUGGGAGGCGCUGUUCUCGGGCGCAGAGGCUCAGUUCCGAGCUGGUGUUCGCAUCCUCUCGUUUGACGGCAGAGAUGUACUGAGAGACUCUGCGUGGCCUCAGAAGAAUGUCUGGCACGGCUCUGAUGCCAAGGGCCACCGGCUCACAGAGAGCUACUGCGAGACAUGGAGGACGGACGAUAGCGUGGUGACGGGCCAAGCCUCCUCGCUGGCCUCGGGGAAGCUCCUGGAGCAGAAGGUGAGCAGCUGCCGGAAUGCCUUCAUCGUCCUGUGUAUCGAGAACAGCUUCAUGACCUCUUCCAAAAAGUGACCUGCCCCCACCCGCCUCGGAGCACAGAGAGGGACCCCAACGGGGCAGCCGCUUCCCCCUUCACACAGCCAUUCCCAGAGAAGCAGAUGAAAAGCCAAAGAGUGUUGAGUUAGUUUGAAAUGCCAGCCCGGUGCUGGCCAGCAUCUGGAGGGCUGAGCCGACUGGCUGUCCUGGCCAUCUCCUCGUCUCCGGUGUACAUGCAGUGGGUCUCUCUCUUUUAAACCGCCUCAUAUUUAACCAGGUUAGUUGCAUUCUUGGGUGAACUCUGCUUGGUUACCUGUUUUCCCCCUUGCUAGGACAGUCGUCACAGGGAGGGCCCCGUGGUUCCCACGUGGGGUGCCAGAGCACGAGAUGCUCUUCACUGAGAUGGGGAGGCCCAGCAGGAGAGCUGGCUGCAUGGCCAGUCCUUGUGCUGUGGGGUACGUGACGGCCCCAGCUGGACAGCACUCUGGCCUCAUUAGCAGCUGGAGCAGUGCAGGCUUCACCAGCACAGCUCUGCUGCUCGGUCUGUGACAUCCCAGGGCUUUGCUGUCUGUCGCUGGCCAUGCACCCUGCAGGGACUCAGCUGGGUGAAAGGCCCUGAGUGUCUAGCUGUCUUCCUCUCUGCAGGUUGGCUUCCCCCUCAGCUUGGUCUGAUAGCCCCUAGCUUCACCUCCCCAUCUCCAUCUGUUCCAGGGCAACUGGAAUGGGACCAGGCCCCCAGCCCCAAGUGCCUCUCAGCUGGCAGUGGGGUUCCUGCUGGCGGAGCCCUGCUCCCCACAGUGGGUGGCAAGAAGUGGGUUCCCCCCAUUGGCAUGGGUAAGCUGUUGGGGGUAGUACUUCAGGAGGGGGCAGGCUGUCCUUUGAAAGCAGAGGUAUUUCCUUGUUGGAAGAACCAAAGGGGUUAGUUGUAAGAAGAAAGUCAAAUAGAGGCUGAAUCCCCACUCCAACUGUUCUGUGCAGUGCCUUCCCCAUUGCAGGACAGUGCCUAGCUGGGGGUGGGGGGGGUGCCAUUUUAGCAAGUGUCCCCUCCCCACACCUCCCCUGGCUAGCCCAGCCAAUCCACACCAAACCCUGGCCAACAUGUGCCUUAUGCUGGUUAGGGGCAAGGGAGAGCAAUGCAUGCGCUGAUGCGGGGAAUGAAUGUACUCUCCUUUGCUUGGGGGUGCGGGGAAGGGGCAUUUCCUUGAGCGUCUAGAGGGCAAAUUAAAAAGUACCUGUUCUAGCAAUCCUGGGUGUCAGGGCCGGGAGGUUGUGUGACCUCUAUGAGCAUUACCGGGUGGAGAUGCUUCUUUGCUGCCAUAAAACCCGAAUUCCAGAGGGAGCCCCAGCCCAUGACAGGCAAGUCUGAAUGUUAGGAGAACGUCUGGAUGUGGGAUUUAAGGUCCCAUACGGCAGCUGAGCAUCAGCUCCAGGAGAAUGUCCCACCUCAAAGCCAGAAGCCUUCCACACACUUCUAUACUCCUCCUGUACCACACUUGUGAAGCACUAAUGUCUAAAGGAUUUUUUAAUCAAUUUUGAAAAUCUGAGGUGCUACAUUUUUAACUAGCUUCUUAUUGUACUGAAAUUAUUACCAUAAAGGCUGUGCAAGUCACACAAUUCCUGUUUCUUAUUGUCUACUGUAUUUGUGUAAUUAAUGCAAUUUAAAGCCUGUGGAUUUUUGUUUUUUGGUCAGUUGUGUUCUUUAAACCGUUUUCUAAAGGCACUGAAUAAAGGAAAGUCUCCUCUU